AUGAUUGCAGAAAAUGAUGAGAGAUUAACCGCAAAUAUUAAUGAUACUCUAACCAAUUGUCGAGAAAUUCCAUUCAUAGCUAUUGAUAGUGAAGGGUCAACAGAAAAGAUAAAAGGAAUGUACCGCUAUGUAUUGCGUCUUUAUGGUCGCCUUAUUAACGACCAAAAGGUACUGGUAACUCUUAUAGGCAUUCAGGUUUUCUUUGACAUACUUGUAUCAGACGAAGAAACUUCAGAUAAAUGCGAAGAAAAGUGA